CUUCCAUCAUGUUACGAAAUGCUGCUCUCUCCUCAAGGCCUUUGUUUGCCUUUGCUCUGGUCUGUGCAGCUGUCAUGUCCUUUAUCAUGUGUUCAGAAGCUGCAAGAGUCAGCCCCAUAACAACCCAGGUGAACGAUGGAGUGAAGCACAAGCGUCUGAGAAAACUGUAUAUUCCACGCAGUCAGCACAAUCCCAUCUUCACUGGUCAGCCAUCAACUCAAACUGGACGCCAAACUGGGACUACUGGUGAAACUGAGACAAGCGGGAAUUCUAGAGUAGCUUCGUCAAUCAUCUACCAACGGCCAAACCCUGUACGUUUUAGUUACAAUCAAAACAGUCCAGAUAACAGAGAGUCUCCAGCAGUGCAUGAUUUAAAUAGGCCAGCAAGCAGUUACCAACCACUCUCUGGUAAUUCAUACAGAUCAAACUCAGUGAUCAUUAGAAAAUCAUCUCUAAAAGAAGCUUCCCGUCCCUUUCAUCUAAGCCCCAGUCCGUCACAAGUUUGGGAUGCUCAGAAUUCCUACAUCAAAGAAGAAGUUCCCAGAUAUGCCUCCCCUUCUCCUUUUUCAUCCCAGACUGCUAGAUAUUGGAGUGCUCCACUGCCAACUUCAAGAGGGAAUUAUAAAGAGGUUAAUGAGCCCCCCGCAUCUGGGGCACGGAGCAAAUUUUUCGGCUUCUCGAGUCAACCCGCUCCUCAUCCGCCAUCAGUCAGCAACAGCUUAGACGCCUAUGUUAUUAAAAGCAUCCCCAGCCCAGAAAAACUGACUUCACCACAUACAGAUUUUUCCCAGAAGUUGAACUCGGUGAGCAGCAGUGAGUUGCCAAGAAACAAAAAGUUCCAGUCAUAUCUGUUCAAGAACUCCCUGACCUCUGGACAUGAGAGAGUUCAUUCAGCCACUAGUGAUGGACCUGCCGCUUUUUUCCCGCCGCCACAUCAGCAGCAGGCCUCUGAUUCACAAGUUUACAGCAGGUUUGCUUCAAUUGUUAAACAAAGAAAAUAUUCAACUCAGGAAGUAGAACGGCUAUCUGAUGAGGCCAAACCACUGCUAAAUAAUGCUAAUGUGGCCCAGUAUGGUCCUAAUACGGAUCAUUUUAGUAAAUAUAAAGACAUAACUCAAAUCUCUGAACAUCCUGGGAAAGACGCCACCAUUCAAAGUGUUGACCCUAUUCCACAUGCAGAUUUCCAGGGUAACAAUACAACUGUUAGUGAUACAUCCCCAGUAAGUCGUGAUACGACCAAAAGAGAAUCAAAGCAUGCUAACAAACCUGGAACAACCGUAAAAAGCAUCUAUGACUUCAGAGGAUUUAUAAACCCAACAUGGAGAGGUGUGAAGGGCCAAGUCUCUAAUGACAGAACCAACCCUCAAAGCUACAGCUUGGACCAAGGAAAGGAAGCUAAUAUACACCCUUCUUUCUCACCAAGGUUUAGCUUUAGCCGGAGACAAGCAUCCAAACUUGUGAAGACCCUAACAGAUGACCCCUUUCCUGGAACUUUGGAUAUCGUCCAAACCAAAUCUACUAUAUGGCCGUUUACGACAGGAUUUAAGGAAACGUCUACUAUGCAGCAUCAAACUGGUGAUAGAAGACCAUUUAAAAACUAUAAAAGAAUAUAUGGUCUCAGAGGAUUUAGUACUCGACCACUCGAGGGAGCCAAAACUGUAGUUAGUGAGCCAGAAAAGUCUGCUAGAGUCCAGCAGGGGUUUAAAGCUCUUCAACAUAGAAGCCCACAGAUUUUGCAACAGAGCCAUGUAUCCACAGUGAGCCAAAAUGAGGUAAGCAGUGAAGACCUUAAACCAACUUUAAAGGAAGCAGGAAGCACUGACACUUCACCGGACACAUACCAAAAGAGACGCAAAAUCUACACAUUAUUAGGAUUUCAGCCAGUUCCAAACAGAAAUGCAAAUCUUAAUAGCACAACACUAGAACACAUAACGUCCUCAUCUUUUCUCAGAUCAGACAGAAGACCCACAUUUGAAUCCAGCCCAAAAUUUGAGCCAAGGACGCCAACCAAAGUUGUUGGAAUGGGCCCACUCCACAGUUCCACCAGCAGCACUGUGAGAGGCACACGUGUGAAAGGAAAUAAGCCCAAUGGAUUCACCAAUGAGUCUGGGAAGGCGGUCAUUGUCAGGCCGCCAAAGACCCCCGCCAGGGUGUUGGCUGUCACCUACGCCGAUGUUCUUGGAAGUGCCUCGUUCAGUGGUGUCAAAGCUACAACCCAGACACCAUUCAUACCAGCUGAUAAGGAGUAUUUUCCAAAUGCUACAACGGAGCAAAAAGAAGGGGUGGGUAAUUGGAGCUUUAACUCUGAGGAUGCUGAGUUCAGGAGAGACAACACGAGCAGAGGUUCUGAAGACCAUGAGGUAGAAGAUGUUAAAGAACACCACUUGGGCGAAGAUGUCGACGGUGGCAUGACAACUUCUGAUUUAUUCCUGGAUGAUGAAGGAAGUGGAAGUGUGGGGUUUAAUAUGUCUGAUGUUUUUUCCACCAACACCACAAAGAUUCUUAGCGAGGAUUUGCUAGUAGAAGAUUUAUUUCCUCCAAGUCCAAGAACUGUCCUGUUCUGAGAAAUGACAGAAACUCUUGGGAAUGUCAUGUGGUUGCUUGAACAAGCCCAAUAACAUUUCGAAAAGUACUCUUUUGUGAUUUUGUUCUUUGGCAAACAAUGGCUGCUCCUAAGCAGAAUAACUAAAAUGAUCGAAUGAGUGAUGUUUCUUACGUUUUCUAUGUAAGAA